AUGCCUGCCAACCUGGUGACGUAUCGUGGAAUAAGCCUUUCAAGACUGGGCUGCGAGCACAUUGGAUUACGUGCGUGCAUGAUCAUCUCGUCGAGUAUCAUGCAGGGUCGCAGAAACGAGAAGAAAAAAAAACGUAUUCAGCUACAAAAGGACAUACUUGAAGCUCGCAAAGAACUUACACAGGCAGAUACAGACAAAAUGGUCGCAAAAUUGCGUGAGAAGAACCCUGAAGAGAAGUUUCAGUUGGAGCCACCGAGUCGCAGAAUAAUCAUGGAUUGGGUCUCUCAAUGCUGGGCAGAUCUAUCAAAACAAACGAUCAUUAGUGGCUUUGAUAAAGUUGGCAUUCUGAAGGACACUAGGCCUGCCGUGGAAGACACUAACCUAGAGCAGAUUGAAAACAGGAUUGUUGAAGAGCUGGAGAAUUGCGAUCCAGCCAAAGAUAAUACUGCGUUUCACGAGUACAUGGACCAAUACCAGAGGAUACUCUCCAGGAUUUUUCGACAGCGCACGCCUACAUCGGCGGAGAUAAGGAAUCGAGAGAUUCAAACGCUUGCCAGAUCAACUGUUGAAAGCUCCAAGUCGCCACAGCCCAAUAAGGAUGAGCGUGGGCUGGAGGCUGCUGGUGUCUGCGAUGAUCCAUCACAGCGACUAAUUCCAAUUCAUCAAACUCGUCUGCAUGUACGACUGGGUUAG